ACGGUGACGGACUUCCGGCUUUUCCGCAGUCACAAAAAGUCACGAGUCGCGAUCGCAUCAUCGUCGAGUCGCAUUGAUAAUGGGUCAAAGAAGAGAAGACAAGAGUACGCGUCAAGUGGAACGUCAAGUGCUCAUCUCAAUGUGUAUCAGCGUGACGGCCGAUAUAGUUAACAAUUUUAACGAUUUGGACGAACUGACAGCAUGCGCUUUAACGGGCUCCGCACUUUAUCUCGCCACGUUACGUCUCAUUAUCUAUACGACCUCUCAAAAAGAUAUGCUAUAUGUGGUCGAGAUUAUGAGAAAGGAUUGGACUUGUUCAUCUUAUGAAGAUAGAGUCGUUCUAAAGGAGAAAUGCUUUUUUGCAUUUCGACUCGCAAAAUGCUUUAUAAUUAUGGUAAUUGUAACCGUAACUACCUUCUCAUGCAUACCAAUUUUAGAGGCAUAUGUUUUUGGAAGAGAGAAGACAUUUCCUUUCCGGGGGUAUUUCUUCGUCAAUCAAUCAGUCACACCCGUCUACGAAUGUAUCUAUGUUUUCAAUGUAAUGGGUGGCUUUUUUGGAGGUGGCACGAUAAUCGGCGCGACCAGUUUCAAUUUUGUCGCGAUAACGCAUGGAUCAGCGAAAUUCGCGGUGCUGCGAAAGAGGCUGGAAGCAAUGAAUAGCAAUGAUCCCAAUGCUGACAGAGCAAUGGCAAACUGCAUUAAAGAUCAUCAAAAUGCUAUUACUUUCGCAGAUGCUCUCGAAAGAAUCAUAAACAUCUUAGCGUUAGGACAAUUCGUUAUCAGCACCGGUUUGGUUUGCUUCGCGGGAUUUCAAAUUACUUCGAUGAUGAAAAACAAGGCACGCUUGAUGAAAUACUCGAUGUUUUUGAACUCCGCUGUCCUGGAGCUUUUCAUGUUCAGUUUCAGCGGACACGCGUUAAUAGACGAGAGCGAUGCCGUGAGCAAGUCGGCUUACUGUAGCUACUGGAUCGGUGGCACUUUCGGUCGGAGUCUGCAGAUCGUGAUGAUGCGGUCGAAAGUUCCUUCCAGGAUCACCGCCGCGAAGUUCUACAGCAUGUCUCUCGAAAGUUUCUCUCAAGUUCUCAGUACGUCUUUCUCCUAUAUAAUGGUUUUGAUGACCGCAAGCGAGGAGUAAGAAUCAGCACUAGCAAUCGUAGCGCUAGCUCUAUCUCACAGAGAAUAUGCUAGUCGAUCUGCUAGCCCGAAAAUAUCAUGCGCGGAUCAAAGAGGGAUUUCGUCUGAAAGUCGGCGCACUCUUAAAAUAUUAUAAAAGACAGAUGAAGUACUUCAAAGAAAUCGAGAUGAAGAUCAUGCGUGAUGAAAUGGAAUACACAUACAAAGGGAACGAGCCGCGAUGACCCGAGAGAGCCUUCUUAAUGACUGUACGUGCUCUCUGUUAAAUAUUGAGAGACGUUCCCUUCCUCGCGGGCGAACACAGGCACAGUAAAUUACCCUCUGACCCUCUGAUUAAUUCCCCACCGAUAAACUCGCGUUAAGUCGCGGUCGUCACCACCGUGCAACACGGUAACCCAGUAACUCCGUUAAACACCGAGACAUGCCGGUGACUAUGCCCUCGUUGUACGAAGGGAAAGGGGGGUAACAUAAUCAACGAUACCGCAACAGCAGCAAUUUGUCUUUGCUCGUUCCGCCGAGUUCUAUUUGCUAAAUUACAGGGCGAUUCGUAAGUCGCGGCUUGUUCCACAAUAGGAGAUUUAAAUAAAAUUAAACGUGCGCAUUAUUUAUGUCAAACUAGCAAUUUUGAGUAUUAUACGCAAAAUUCCUUUUGUAAUGAGAA